CGGCAGACCCGGACUGCGGCACCGUCCGGGACGCGCCGGCCGCGGGUGCUCGGGUGCUCGGGUGCUCGGUCGCCGCGGGGCCGCGCGCUUGCCCGGGCCCUGGCCACGGGCCGCCGCUCCGGAGCCGGCGAUGAGCGCGAGGGGCCGGCAUGAGCGCAGACAGCAGCCCUCUCGCGGGCAACCCGCCCACCAGUUACGGGACCCUGACGAUAGAGACAUCUAUAGAUCCCCUCAGCUCCUCAGUUUCAUCCGUGAGGCUCAGCGGCUACUGCGGCAGUCCGUGGAGGGUCAUCGGCUACCACACCGUGGUCUGGCUCAUGGCGGGGGUCCCUCUGCUGCUGUUCCGGUGGAAGCCCCUGUGGGGGGUGCGGCUGCGGCUCCGGCCCUGCCACCUGGCCUGCGCCGAAACGCUCGUCAUCGAAAUAAAAGACAAAGGGGCUAGUUCUUGGCAGUUCUACACCGUCCAGGUGCAGACCGAGACCAUCGGUGAGGGCAGCCCGGAGCUGCUCCCACAGGCCCAGCCAGAGGACGGCCGGAGCCAUGUGGCUGUGGGGGCCGUACCGGAGGGUGCAUGGAAGGACACGACCCGGCUCCAUGGGAAGGAGGAGGCGAAGCGCGUGCUGCGGUACUACGUCUUCCAGGGCCAGCGCUAUGUCUGGAUCGAGACCCAGCAAGCCUUCUGCCAAGUCAGCCUGCUGGACCGCGGCUGCACCUGUGAUGACAUCCACCGCUCCUGCUCCGGCCUCAGCCUUCAGGACCACAUGCUCAGACAGGCCGUCUAUGGCCCCAACACGAUCAGCGUACCGGUCAAGUCCUAUCCCCAGCUGCUGGUGGAUGAGGCCCUGAACCCCUACUACGGCUUCCAGGCCUUCAGCAUCGCCCUGUGGCUGGCUGACCACUACUAUUUGUAUGCCCUGUGCAUCUUCCUCGUCUCCGCCGUCUCCAUUGCCCUGUCGCUGUACAAGACCAGAAUGCAAAGCCAGACCCUGCAGGACAUGGUGAAGCUGUCUGUGCGGGUGUGCGUGUGCCGGCCAGGGGGAGAGGAGGAGUGGAUGGACUCCAGCAAGCUGGUGCCGGGAGACUGCCUGGUGCUGCCCGAGGAGGGCGGGCCAAUGCCCUGUGAUGCUGCCCUGCUGGCUGGAGAGUGCGUGGUCAACGAGAGCUCCCUGACAGGGGAGAGUGUUCCGGUACUGAAGACGGCCCUGCCAGAGGGGCCGGUGCCCUAUUGCCCGGAGCGCCACCAGCGGCACACACUCUUCUGCGGGACCCUCAUCUUGCAGGCCCGGGCCUACGUGGGACCCCACGUCCUGGCGGUGGUGACCCGGACGGGGUUCUGCACGGCCAAAGGGGGACUGGUGAGCUCCAUCUUGCAUCCCCGGCCCAUCAACUUCAAGUUCUACAAACACAGCAUGAAGUUCAUAGCUGCCCUCUCAGUCCUGGCUCUCCUCGGCACCAUCUAUAGCAUCUUCAUCCUCUAUCGCAACCGGGUGCCCCUAAACGAGAUUGUGAUCCGGGCUCUGGACCUGGUGACCGUGGUGGUGCCACCUGCCCUGCCGGCCGCCAUGACUGUGUGCACACUCUACGCCCAGAGCCGGCUGCGGAAACAGGGCAUCUUCUGCAUCCACCCACUGCGCAUCAACCUGGGGGGCAAGCUGCAGCUGGUGUGUUUUGAUAAGACGGGCACCCUCACCGAGGACAGCUUGGACGUGAUGGGCGUGGUGCCCCUGAAGGGGCAGCUGUUCCUGCCGCUGGUCCCGGAGCCCUGCCACCUGUCCCCGGGGCCCCUGCUCCGGGCACUGGCCACCUGCCACGCCCUCAGCCGGCUCCAGGACACCCCGCUGGGUGACCCCAUGGACCUCAAGAUGGUGGAGUCUACUGGCUGGGUCCUGGAAGAGGAGCCGGCUGCAGACUCAGCAUUUGGGACCCAGGUCCUGGCAGUGAUGAGACCCCCACUUCUGCAGCCCCAGCUGCCAGGAAUGGAGGAGCCCCUGGUGCCCGUCAGCGUCCUCUGCCGCUUCCCCUUCUCCUCAGCCCUGCAGCGCAUGACCGUGGUGGUGGCCUGGCCGGGGGCUGCCCAGCCCGAGGCCUACGUCAAGGGCUCCCCUGAGCUUGUGGCCGGCCUCUGCAACCCUGAGACAGUGCCCACCGACUUCGCCCAGAUGCUGCAGAGCUACACAACGGCCGGCUACCGUGUCGUGGCACUCGCCAGCAAGCCGCUGCCCAUUGUGCCCAGCCUGGAGGCAGCUCAGCGGCUGACAAGGGAUGCCGUGGAGCAGGAGCUGAGCCUCCUGGGGCUGCUGGUCAUGAGGAACCUGCUGAAGCCACAGACAACACCGGUCAUCCAGGCUCUUCGGGACACCUGCAUCCGCACCGUCAUGGUCACGGGGGACAACCUGCAGACUGCGGUCACUGUGGCCCGGGGCUGUGGCAUGGUGGGCCCCCAGGAACAUCUGGUGAUCGUCCACGCCAGCCCCCCAGAGCGGGGCCAGCCCGCCUCCCUCGAGUUCCUGCCAGUGGAGUCCUGCCCCGCCGUGAAUGGGCCCAGGGAUCCCUGCCAGGCCACAAGCUGCACAGUGGAGUCAGCCCCCCGAUCCAGCCACCUGGCCCUCAGCGGCUCCACCUUUGGCGUCCUCGUGAAGCACUUCCCCACGCUGCUGCCCAAGAUCCUGGUCCAAGGCACUGUCUUUGCCCGCAUGGCCCCUGAGCAGAAGACAGAGCUGGUGUGCGAGCUGCAGAAGCUUCAGUACUGCGUGGGCAUGUGCGGGGAUGGCGCCAACGACUGCGGGGCCCUGAAGGCGGCCGACGUGGGCAUCUCGCUCUCGCAGGCCGAGGCCUCCGUGGUCUCGCCCUUCACCUCGAGCAUGGCCAGCAUCGAGUGUGUGCCCACGGUCAUCAGGGAAGGUAGGUGUUCCCUCGACACAUCGUUCAGCGUCUUCAAGUACAUGGCCCUGUACAGCCUGACCCAGUUCGUCUCUGUCCUCAUCCUCUACACGAUCAACACCAACCUGGGCGACGUGCAGUUCCUGGCCAUCGACCUGGCCAUCACCACCACGGUGGCUGUGCUCAUGAGCCGCACGGGGCCAGCGCGGGGACUGGGGCGGGCGCGGCCCCCGGGGGCCCUGCUCAGCGUGCCGGUGCUUGGCAGCCUGCUGCUGCAGGUGGCCCUGGUGGCCGGUGUGCAGCUGGGGGGCUACUUCCUGGCCAAGGCCCAGCCCUGGUUUGUGCCUCUGAACAGGACGGUGCCCGCACCGGCCAACCUGCCCAACUACGAGAACACAGUGGUCUUCUCUCUGUCCAGCUUCCAGUACCUCAUCCUGGCUGCGGCCGUGUCCAAGGGGGCACCGUUCCGCCUGCCGCUCUACACCAACGUGCCCUUCCUGGUGGCCCUGGCGCUCCUGGGCUCCGUCCUGGUGGGCCUCAUCCUGGUCCCCGGCCUCCUGCAGGGGCCGCUGGCACUGAGGCCCAUCACUGACACCAACUUCAAGAUGCUGCUGCUGGGCCUGGUGGCCUUCAAUUUGGUGGGGGCCUUCAUGCUGGAGACUGUGCUGGACCAGUGCCUCCCGGCCUGCCUGCGGCAGCUCCAGCCCAAGGGGGCCUCCAAGAAGCGCUUCAAGCAGGUGGAGCGGGAGCUCGCGGAGCAGCCCUGGCCCCUGCUACCCGGCAGCCCCCCGAGGUAGUGCAGGCUCUCCUGGCACACUGGACUCGGGAGUUCUCUGCCUCCCAGUGCUGACCGGACCCGUCUCCCAGACGCUCCGUGACCACCACCACCUCCUCCCGCAGCCCUAGGGCUGGCAGUCAUCACUCCCGCCCCACGUCUGCCCCAGCCUUGCCCACCCUGGAGAAGUGCUGACUACUUUGUCCCCCAGUUCAAGACCAUUCCAGGUAGAGAGCAGACUCUACUCCUACUCAGAGCUGCUGUCAGUGUAGCAAAUAAAGACAUAGUAUUUUGCUGGUC